AAGUUGUUAGCCAAGUUCCAAGCAAGAUCUCCAUGCCCAAACCUUCCUCCCCUCUAUAAAUACCCUCUUCCCUCUACCAUUUUCCAUCACUUUUCCUCAAAUUCCCACCAUUUUCACUCCUCAAUAUCCCUGCCAUUCCCUAAUCCUAUCACAAUUUCUGCCACAAGAAGCAAAAACAGAGAAAAUGGCCACUAAAACUCUAGAGUUUUCAGUAACUGUGAGUGAACCAGUGCUAGUAACUCCAUCAAGACCAACACCUUAUGAAAUCAAGCCUUUAUCUGACAUCGAUGACCAAGAAGGCUUUCGUUUCCAAAUUCCAGUGGUCCAGUUCUAUCGUAAGGACCCCCAAAUGGAUGGUCGAGAUCCCGCAAGAGUGGUGAGGGAUGCGUUGUCUGAGGCGUUGGUCUAUUACUAUCCUUUUGCUGGGAGGUUGAGAGAGGGGGAGAACAGGAAGUUGAGUGUGGAGUGCAGUGGAGAGGGGGUUUUGUUUGUGGAAGGGGAUGCCGAUGUGAGUUUGGAGGAGUUUGGGGAUGCUCUUCAGCCUCCUUUUCCUUGUUGGGAGAAGCUCUUGAUUCAUGUGCCUGGUUCCGAUGGCGUCAUAGGAUGCCCAUUGCUCUUCAUUCAGGUAACCCGCCUUCGUUGUGGGGGCUUCAUCUUUGCCCUGCGUCUCAACCACACAAUGAGUGAUGCAUCUGGCCUUGUCCAAUUCAUGAACGGGGUUGGCGAGCUUGCGCGCGGUCUCCCCCGCCCCUCCAUCUUCCCCGUUUGGCAGCGCCACCUCCUCAAUGCCCGCAACCCUCCAUGUGUCACCUAUGCCCACAGGGAAUACGACCAAGUCCCCGAUACCAACAAUACCCUCAUGCCCCUUGAUGACAUGGCCCACCGCUCCUUCUUCUUCGGCCCUUCUGAGGCUGCAGCCCUGCGUUCCCAACUCCCCCCUCAUUUGGCCAAGGCCUCUACCUUUGACCUCCUUGCUGCCUGUCUAUGGAAGUGUCGCACUACGGCACUUACCAUGAACAAUGAUGAAGAUGUGCGAUUGGUGUGUAUUGUGAACGCACGGUCGAAGUUCAGGCCACCACUGCCCCAAGGUUAUUAUGGGAAUGCAUUUGCGUUACCUAUCGCCGUGAGCAAGGCAGGAAGCCUGAGGAGGAACCCAUUUGGAUAUGCAGUGGAGCUUGUAAGAAAGGCAAAGGAGGAGGUCACUGAUGAGUACAUGAGGUCAGUGGCCGACUUGAUGGUGACGAAGGGUAGGCCACAUUUUACAGUAGUGAACACUUUUUUGGUUUCAGAUAUAAGGAGGGCGGGGUUCGGAGAGGUCGAUUUUGGGUGGGGGAAAGCAGUUUACGGGGGGGCCGCCAAGGGUGGGGUGGGAGCAAUUCCUGGGGUUGCAAGUUUUUUCAUUGCAUUUAAAAAUGGGGAUGGGGUAGAUGGGACUGUGAUUCCGAUCUGCUUGCCUGAGGCUGCGAUGCCCAGGUUCACUAGAGAGGUUAAGAGAAUGGUGAGCGGCGGUGGCAAGACUAAAGAGGUAACAAGGGAGGAGCCUCCUUUCAUUUACUCUGCACUGUGAAUACAAAUGAGGAAACGGUUUGUUAGUUGUGAGCCAAAUCAGAUGCCAUGUAAAUGUGAAUGGAUUUUGUGUGAGACGAGUAUGUUUAGAUUUGAACAACUUUUUAGGGGUUUUUGUACUUGCCAAAUACUUUGUGCAUCAAUUGUGCCUCCAUAGUUUAAACUUCAAGGGCUUGUAGUUUCAAAAAUAAAAACCUUUAAAGGCUUGUUUGGAUGUACUCCUUAGCAUUGAUAACUUACUGUUUCAAUAAAAUUAAUCAUUAUAAUAAA